CACGUCAGACGCUCCCUAAGCCGUGUGUCACGUGAUCAGUUCCUAAACGGGGAGUAAACAUGGCGGACACGCGUGUGGAGCUCCGAGACAAACUCCAGCGUAACUGCUAACGCUAGUUUAACGUCAGGCGUGUUUUUAAUCAGCUUAUAGUCGAGGUCUGGAUAUCGGACGCCCUUCAUAAAGCUGCAGUAUGGACGAGGGGAAUAAAAUCCAGUUUCCGUCCCUUCCUGUGUGCAAGGAAGACCAACUGGACUGGUCAUAUCCCAUGCGAAGAGAGAUGCAGGAAAUCCUCCCCGGACUCUUCUUAGGGCCCUACUCUGCUGCGAUGAAAAGCAAGCUCUCUAUACUGGAGAAGCAUGGGAUAACUCACAUAGUGUGUGUUCGACAAGACAUCGAGGCCAACUUCAUCAAACCUAACUUCCCCCUCAAAUUUAGAUACCUUGUUUUAGAUAUUGCUGAUAACCCCGUGGAGAACAUCAUUAAAUAUUUCCAAAUGACUAAAGAAUUUAUCGACGGCUGUUUAGAGACUGGAGGAAAGGUUCUUGUUCAUGGGAAUGCAGGGAUUUCCAGAAGCGCCGCCUUAGUUAUUGCUUACCUUAUGGAAACGUUCGGCGUGAAGUACAGGGACGCUUUCAGUCACGUCCAGGAGCGGAGGUUCUGCAUCAACCCUAACGUAGGCUUCGUGCAUCAACUACAGGAAUAUGAAGCGAUCUAUCUUGCCAGACUAACCAUCAAGAUGAUGUCACCCAUUCAGCUGGGUCGAUCUUUCUCCAUUCAAGCGGGAACGACAGGGAGCCGGAAACGAACACUAGAAGAAGAUGACGAUUUUGGGAAUAUGCAAGUUCAGGCAGCGCAGAACGGAUAGACCAUACUUUAGCGCUUAGCUGCAUUGGAUUUUUUUUUUUUUGUUUUACAUUUUUAUGGGAUUUAAAAUUGUAAAUAUUGUGAUUUUU